CAAAUGUUGAUUGGGUUUACAUGCAAGGUCUGUGAAGAACGCUCACAUCAUGUCAUGUCAAAGUUGGCAUACACAAAAGGUGUCGUUUUGAUCCAGUGCCCUGGCUGUAAAAAUCGUCACCUUAUCGCAGACAACCUAGGCUGGUUUAGAGAUAGCAAGACAACUGUGGAAGAUCUCGUAAAAGAAAAAGGAGAGGCAAUACGCAAA